CUUUCACAGAGUAGCUGCUUUUCGUUUUAAUCGUUUAAUUUUCACGAACAGCAAAGAUUUACUGCAAUGGAAAACCUAAAGACUUCAUCUUAUACCGCUGAGGAUGUUCUCCUGCUGUUUUAGAUCAUACAGCUCAUCUCCUUGCAAAUCUCAGUGAGACGGUCUUCAGUUCAGGAAAGUCUUCAUUCUGCCGUAUAAAAAUGACUUCAGGAGGAAAUUCUUUGACAGCUGCAGUGUUGCUGUUAAUCAUGAUGAAAGUCUUCAGUGUCCUCACUAGCUCGUGUCCUUCAGAAAUGUAUCAAGUACAAAACCUAUGCUGUCAAAAGUGUCCUGCAGGAAAUCGAGUCAAGACAGAUUGCACAAAGACUGCAAACACUUCCUGUGUGCCCUGCGAGGAUGGAACCCACAUGGAUAAGCCCAGCGGACUCACACAGUGCACUCACUGCUCAAUCUGUGACCUAAGUUCAGAUCUGAAGAAAAAGAGGGCAUGCACAACAACAUCAGAUACAAUUUGUGAACCACAGGAUGGAUUCUACUGUGUUCGCUAUGCAGGUGUUCACUGUGUGGAAGCACAAGAACACAAACGCUGUAACCCAGGGGAAUACAUCAGCCAAGCAGGAACAGCCUUCAGAGACACUGAGUGCUCUGUGUGCAGCUAUGGGACAUUUUUAGAUGGAACUUUAAAGUUUUGCCGGCCACACAGACCAUGUGAAUCACUAAACCUUAAGCUGAUAAGACCAGGAAAUGCUACAACUGAUGCUCAGUGUGAAGAACAAGAUGAGAAUGUGGUUCUUUCUUGGAUCAUCACUGGCUGCCUGUUACUGAUUUUAUUAAUUGUGAUACUUAUAGCUUUGUGUCUCUUUAGAAAGAAGAUUGGAUGUCUAAAACGAGGUGAAAAAAUAAUUGUACACCUAAUCAACUUGAGGAAGAAUGAAGAAAAAGAAACAGAAAUAGAACUGAAAACACUGAAUGAGAAACCAGUGUGAAAAUAUAUGAAGAUUAACAGAGGAGACCCCACCUGCAUGAUGCACCUAGUCGCAGUUUUUUCCUCCACCAGCUCUUUUUGUCUUGCUGACAUUAAGAAGGAGGUGAUUUUUACCCGACCACUCCACAAAGUUCCCCGACAGCUCCCUAUACUCCGACUCCUGCUCACCCUUAACCCGCCCAUUCACUAUAGUGACAUCAGAGAACUUCUGCAGGUGGCAUGAUUCACUGUUGCACUGGAAAUCUGAGGUGUAUAAAGUGAACAUGAAUGGAGACUGGACUGUCCCGUGGUGCCCAAGUAUUACUAACCACCACAUCACACAUGGUGCCUAACAUCUAUAGAAACUGAGGCCUCUCUGAUAAUGGAUGCUGUAAUGUACAGGAAUAAACGUACUGUAUAAAGCAGAUGUAAAUGGAAAAAGCUGCAUUUAUACAUGUCAGCUAGGAAAGCUUCUAGUCCUCCUCAGUCUGUUCAGUGGUGUGAAAGCAGAAAGUAAAAACAUACUCAAGUAUCAUACCAAAAACAUACCAAAGAAAGGCAAAUAAAUGAUAUUUUAUUAGGUCAAAGUAUAUUUCAGUGUGGAUGAUAGAAAAUGGAUAGGUUUUUUCAGAUAACAGCUAAAAUCAGAUGAAGGUGAUAUAGUGCAUUAGUAACAGGAGCUUUACAUCAUCACAUACAUUUGAAUUCAUGUGCACUGUUUCGGUGUGAUGCUGCUGUGACUGAGCUUUUUGAGUGACAGCAAAAUAUCAUACCACAAUCUAAAGAAG